AUGAUACGGCUGAUUCUUAUAAAAUGUGUCAAAGCGUCUAAAGUAGGAAAUAUUCUAGCUAAAGAAUGUUAUCUAUGCACAAUGUGUAAUGAAAUAUUCAAUAAUGCAACAGAAUUACGUGUAACUGUGAAUGAAAAUGAUUGGUGUUAUAAACGUAUUGUAAGUGGUAUUACUAAUCGAGGUUCAACUGGUAGAACAUGUAUUUCAUUGAGUCCAAAUCAUUUCUGUUGUAUGGGACAUCUUUGUAAUAAAGGAACAGUGACAUUCACAAUGAACAUCUUGACUAUUUUAAUUAUACCAUUCACAACGUUAUUAACUUGUGUGUUUUCAAACUAUACAGAAUUAUUAUAA